AUGCCACCGGUGGCUAAGUCUACACGCAGUGCUCGCAGCUCACGCAGCAGAGCGCUGCUUGCAACGCUGCGUGGAUGCGAUGAGGAGUCAGGUUUGCUUCAUCCCCCUGCGCCUCAGUCACAGCUCUUGGAGAGAAGAGAAGCAGGCAUUUUUGGAGGCGAGUCAGUCCUCUGGGAAAGAAGGAGGCUCACACCUGUUCCGGAGUCACAAGGCGGCUUCAAUUUGCUCAUCGCAAGGCCCCGAAGCAUGGCUGGCAAGAUGCCGGCCGUACUGGUCAUGCAUCCCACGGGCAAGUGCAAGGAGUUCAUGGCAAGUCGCCUCGAGCGAUUGGCCAAAAAAGGCCUGAUUGCGGUGGCAUUUGACGCGCCCUGGCACGGUGAGCGCGCGAUUCCAGAAGCAGGGCUGCGCAGCCUUUCCCUGCAGAACUUGGGUCCUGAGCUGCUGAAAGAACUGGGCAAGCACGAAGCUGUGCGGCUGAAUGUGUAUUUCGAAGCUUUGGUGCGCGGCUUCAGAACAGGAUCAGAUAGAUUCGUAAUGGACAUAUCACGCGAUGCGUUGACAGUUGUGGAUUACCUCUGCUCCAGACCUGACACGCUGCAAGAGCGUAUCAGCGCCACGGGAGUGUCCUUGGGGGGCAUGGCGUGUUGGCUUCUGGCCGCCGCGGAUGCUCGCAUUUUCAGUGCGAUGCCAGCAAUCGGCGUGCAAUCCUUCAACCACUCCUUGGUGAACGGAUUGUGGGGUGCGAGGGUGGAUUCUAUUCGGCCUGCAUUUGAAGCAGCAGCAGCUGACAUGAAGAAAGCCGCUGUGGAUGAUGAUGUGGUUGCAGCUGUUUGGGCGCGGUUGGCUCCAGGCAUUGCCGAGGUCGAUUCGAGCAAGAAGCUUGCAUUUGAUGCGCCACUGACGCUGCCCUGCAUUGCACCUCGCCACUUACUCAUUCUAAAUGGCGAAAAGGACCCUCGCUGCCCUUUGGAAGGUGUGCAUCAAAGCUUCGCCGCAGCACGAGAGGCUUAUGAUGAAGAGGGUCAGCUGGACCGUCUGCAGAUUUUCGUGGAAAAGGAUGUAGAGCAUGCCAUGACUGAGAAGAUGUGGCAAAAGAUCGAAGAAUUUCUUGAGGCAACGUUGCAGCUGGGCUUGCCGGCUCCAAAGCUUUAUCCGCAACUUUGUGGGAUUUCCCUGCACAACGUCGUCUGCGCGGACUUCUGGAGACGGCUGUUGCCGUGCUGCUAG